UAUCGUCUCAUGUUCUCACUUUCUCGCCCCAUAGGCAGAUUUUCCACCAGCCAAGAAAACAUCCGAGAAAAUUUUCAAUGAGAGGGGGAUGCACACAGUCUAUGCUAUAGACACACAGAAAUCUCACCUCCAAGUUUGAAUCCAGCAUCCGUGGCUUAUUAUUCCUCACUGUUUAUGGCGACCGUUUCUGAUCUGAAUCGCCGCCUCUGAAGUUAUUCUCUAUCUGUCUGUUUGCUUUUCUUUUCCGUCGUGAAAUCUGCAGGUUUUUCUCUGUUCUGUACGUUUUGAUUCUUGUUUUUUGAGGUUUUCGUCUUGGAGCUGUGGGGAAGCCCUAGAUUGGUGUGCGGCGCGGUGAUUUGGUUGCCGCGUGCGGUUUCUUGUUCGAUCUUUGGGCGAGGAACCUUGCGAAUCGGCGUUCUUUAGCUCUGUGAACCCUAGAUUUGGUGCAGUGUUGUGAAUUCGGCUUGAGCGUGGGAUCUGGAGUUGGAGGUUGUGUGGAUUUGUUUUGGCGGUGGUGUGGUUUGGUUUUUGUUGGUUUGCUACGCUGUGUGGUUAAUAAGGUUUUGUUUUCCGUGGUUGCCCAUGCUAUUGGGUUGGUUUUGAUGCCGCCUGAACCAUUGCCUUGGGAUCGAAAGGACUUCUUCAAGGAGAGGAAGCACGAGAGGUCUGAAUCACUAGGAUCUGUGGCGAGAUGGAGAGAUUCGUCCCACCACCGAGACUUCAAUCGGUGGGGAUCCCCCGAGUUCCGCAGACCGCCAGGUCAUGGUAAGCAGGGAGGUUGGCACCUGUUUUCCGAAGAAUCUGGUCACGGGUAUGCGAUUUCUCGGACCGGUGACAAGAUGCUGGAGGAAGAUAGUCGGCCAUCAAUCUCACGGGGGGAUGGAAAAUAUAGCAGGAGCAGUAGGGAGAAUAGAGGACCCUUUGGCCCAAGAGAUUGGAGAGGACAUUCAUGGGAAACCACCAAUGGCUCUCUAAAUGUGUCCAGGAGGCCACCAGAUGUGAAUAAUGACCAGAGGUCAGUUGAUGAUGACCUAACUUAUUCCUCUCAUCCACAUACUGAUCUCGUAAACAGUUGGGAUCAGCACCAUUUGAAAGACCAGCAUGAUAGGAUGGGUGGUGUCAAUGGGUUGGGAACAGGUCCGAGAUGUGAUAGAGAGAAUUCACUGGGUUCAAUUGACUGGAAGCCACUCAAAUGGACCCGUUCUGGAAGCCUGUCUUCUCGAGGCUCAGGUUUUAGCCACUCAAGUAGCUCAAGGAGCAUGGGAGGGGCAGAUUCCUAUGAAGCGAAGACUGAGUUGCAACCCAAAAAUGCAACUGCUAUUGAGUCGCAUUCUGGGGAAGUUGCUGCAUGUGUGACAUCUUCUGCACCAUCUGAAGAUACAACUUCUAGAAAGAAGCCUAGGCUAAACUGGGGAGAGGGUCUUGCAAAAUAUGAGAAGAAAAAAGUUGAGGGGCCUGAUGUAAGUGCAAACAAAGAUUGCCCUGUCCUGUCUACUAGUAACAUGGAACCUUGUAACUUCCUCAGUCCCAGCUUAGUAGAUAAUAGCCCAAAAGUUACAGGAUUUUCGGGCUGUGCAUCUCCCGCAACUCCAUCUUCUGUUGCCUGCAGUUCCUCACCAGGUGUGGAUGAUAAAUUAUUUGGAAAGACUGCCAAUGUGGACAAUGAUGUUAGUAAUUUGACCACUUCACCUGUUCCUGGGUCCCAAAAUCAUCUACCGGAAGUUUCUUUUAAUUUAGAGAAAUUGGAUGAUGACUCCUUGAAUAAUUUGGGUUCUUCAAUUGUUGAGUUAGUACAAUCUGAUGAUCCAAGUUCUGUGGAUUCUGGUCUAGUGAGAUCCAAUGCAAUGAAUAAGUUGUUGAUAUGGAAAGCUGACAUUUCAAAGGUAGUGGAGAUGACUGAAUCUGAAAUUGAUUCACUUGAAAAUGAACUGAAGUCACUAAAACAUGAAUCUGUGGAUGGAUGUACGCGUCCAGCAGAAUUGGGCUCACAGCUGGUAGAUAAGAAUGGAAAAUCUUGUGAAGAACAUGUUGGAGUCUCUGAUAAGGUCACUUGGCCAGUGCCAUUGAAAAUUGUUACUUCUGAUGAACCCGAUGUGGAGAAGAUGCCUCUUUCAACAAAUUUACAUAGUACUCAUGAAAAUGGCAAUGAAGAGGAUAUUGAUAGUCCAGGAACAGCUACUUCUAAAUUUGUUGAGCCUCUGCCUUUGAUUAAAGCAGUUUCUUCAAUUGAUACGAACCUCUCUGGGGACUUGGAUGCUGUUCAGUCUACAGCCAUGAAAUGCUUAGUUCCCUGUACUUCUAGGAAAGAUGCCAGUGCAUCUGCUUGUGGUGAUGGCAAUAUGUCUAUGGAUGUAAAGGAUAGCAUGGAUGCCACCUCUGGUGCAAGCUUAUGUUCUGGCAUGGAGGAUGUUUUAUACAAUACAAUUAUUUCUUCCAAUAAAGAAUCUGUCAGUAAAGCAGAUGGAGUAUUUGCUAAGUUAUUACCCAAAGGAUGCUGUGAGAUUGGUAAUAUGGGAGCUGGCAGGAACUCAUACUCCCAUACAUUGAUUAUGGAAAAAUUUGCAGAGAAAAAGCAGUUUGCAAGAUUUAAGGAAAGAGUUAUCACACUUAAGUUCAAAGCCUUGCAUCACCUGUGGAAAGAAGAUAUGCGCUUACUGUCUAUAAAGAAAUGCCGCCCAAAAUCUCACAAGAAGAGUGAAAUAAGUGUGCGAACUACCUGUAAUGUUAAUCCCAAGAAUCGAUCUUCCAUUCGAUCACGUUUUGCCUUCCCUGCAGGAAAUCAUCUAAGCUUGGUGCCAACUUCUGAUAUAAUUAAUUUUACAAGCAAACUGCUUUCAGAACCCCAAGUUAAAGUUCAGAGGAAUACCCUGAAGAUGCCAGCAUUAAUUUUGGAUGAGAAGGAGAAGAUGAUUUCAAAGUUCUUAUCUAGUAAUGGGUUGGUUGAAGAUCCAUUGGCUAUUGAGAAAGAAAGGGCUAUGAUCAAUCCUUGGACAUCAGAUGAGAGAGAAAUUUUCUUCGAGAAAUUUGCUGCCUUUGGAAAAGAUUUUCGGAAAAUUGCUUCUUUCCUUGACCACAAGACAACUGCUGAUUGUGUUGAAUUCUACUACAAAAAUCACAAAUCUGAUUGUUUUGAGAAACUUAAGAAGCAAGAUGUUGGUAAGCUAGGGAAGUCAUUUUCAGCUAAAACUGGCUUGGUGGCAUCUGGUAAAAAAUGGAAUCGUGAAGUGGAUGCUGCUUCGCUUGAGAUUUUAAGUGCAGCUUCAGUGAUGGCAGAUGGCAUUGCAUGUAAUAGAAAAUUGCGUGCAGGAAGUUCCCUUUGGAGGGGAUAUGGUAAUGUAAAAACAUCAAGGGGCGAGUAUAGCAUCGUAGAGAGAUCAAGCAGUUUUGACAUUUUUGGGGAUGAAAGAGACACUGCUGCUGCAGCUGAUGUAUUGGCUGGUAUAUGUGGUUCUCUUUCAUCUGAGGCUAUGAGUUCCUGCAUAACAAGUUCAAUUGAUCCUGUAGAAGGUAACAGGGAUAGAAAGCUCUUGAAAGAGAACCCUUUAUGCAAACAACCCUUGAUGCUUGAUGUUUCUCAGGAUGUUGAUGAUGACACUUGUUCAGAUGAGAGCUGUGGCGAAAUGGAUCCAACUGAUUGGACAGAUGAGGAGAAGGCGGCUUUUCUUCAGGCUGUAUCAUCUUUUGGCAAGGAUUUUGCAAAGAUAGCAAGGUGUGUAGGAACAAGGUCCCAAGAACAGUGCAAAAUUUUCUUCAGCAAGGCUCGAAAAUGCCUUGGAUUGGAUCUCAUGCGCCCCAUACCUGAAAAUGUUGGAUCUCCAGUGAAUGAUGAUGCAAAUGAUGGCAGGAGUGACACAGAUGAUGCUUGUGUUGUUGAUACUGAUAAGUCUGGCACUAAAACAGAUGAGGACCUUCCUUCCUAUGUCAUGAACACAUACCAUGAUGAAUCUACUCCCGGUCAAGUUCAGAAGCUUUCAGCUGAAUUGAACAAAUCAAAGGAAAUUAAUGGGACAAAAACAGAUCUUGAAGAUGUAAAUGUGGUUUCUGAUGCAUGUACAAUUAAGGACGAACCUAAACUGGGCUCUGAUGGUUGUAAAGUUGGCUUGUGCAGUUCUGAGAAGCUUGGUUCAACCAGUGGACAAGCAGCUAUAUUUAUGUCAGAUAGUACAGAAGUUGGAAAAGAUAAUGCAAAUAAAUUGGGAGGUGCAGUUACAGAUUUGAUUUCUGCUUUGGAGAUAAGUGAACCAUGCAAGAGUAAUUCUGUGGCUGAGUAUAGAUUGGUUUCUGAGGUUUCUUCUGGGGGUAUUGUAAAUGGAUUGGAAAGGCAAAGAGUUUCUUCACCUCAAUGUCUUGAUGGAAGUGAUAAAAGUAAAGUUGACCCAGAUGUUGUAGUUAAAUUGAAAAGCUCUGGGCAAGAUUCAAUCACUACAGUAAAUGCGUCACUCUCUUCUUUGGGCAAUUCUUGUUCAGUAUCGAGUUUUAAUACUGAAAAUAAGAAUGUGUCCCUUGGAAAGCCUCAUAUGUCAGCAUUGUCUAUGGAGGAUCUUCAUCCAACUGCAAAUUCAUUGUUGCAAAAUACUGCUGCUACAGAUUUUCAUAGUGAGAAAAGUGCUAGCCAAGAUCGACUGUCUUCUACUUGUGAUAUUCAGGGAAGUAGAGAUAUGCUUUGUCACAAGUCCAUCAGCAGUGGUGACCAUCAGCUUCCUAUUCCUGGGAAUUCAUCAGACCGUGUUGAGGCAGUUAGCAUCCUCCAGGGCUAUCCUUUGCAAGUAUCCAUUAAGAAAGAAGUGAAUGGGGACAUGAAUUGCAGCAGUUCAGCAACUGAGUUGCCUCUUCUGUCUCAAAGGAUUGAAAAAUUCGAUGAUCAUUUCAAAUCAUUACGGUAUUUGUCAGAUUCUGAAAAAACAUCCAGAAAUGGUGAUGUGAAACUGUUUGGUAAGAUACUAACCAAUCCUUCAUCUGCUCAGAAACCUAAUUUGACUGCCAAGGGAAGUGAAGAAAAUGGUAACCAUCAUCCCAAGUUAAGCAGCAAGUCUUCUAGUCUGAAAUUUAAUGGCCAUCAUAAUGCUGAUGGAAAUUUGAAAAUUUUGAAGUUCGACCGUAAUGACUGUAAUGAUUAUCUUGGCCUUGAAAAUGUUCCCAUGAGGAGUUAUGGUUAUUGGGAUGGGAACAGAAUUCAGACUAGUCUCUCAUCCUUGCCCGAUUCUGCCAUCUUACUAGCUAAAUAUCCUGCUGCCUUUAGUAAUUAUCCUCCAUCUUCUGCCAAAUUGGAGCAACAGACAUUGCAAGCAUUUGCCAGGAAUAAUGAUCUGCACCUGAAUGGUGCAGCUGCUUUUACAACUAGAGACAUCAAUGGCAGCAAUGCGUUGAUUGAUUAUCAGAUGUUUAGAAGUCGGGACGGUCCAAAAGUGCAGCCAUUUAUGGUAGAUGUCAAGCACUGCCAAGAUGUUUUUUCAGAGAUGCAGAAAAGAAAUGGUUUUGAAGCAAUCUCAAGUUUACAACAGCAGGGGAUGGGAAUGAUGGGAAUGAAUGGUGUUGGAAGAGCGGGGAUUCUUAUGGGAGGAUCAUGCAGUGGAGUCUCAGAUCCUGUGGCUGCAAUCAAAAUGCAUUAUUCCAAUUCUGAGAGGUAUGGUGGUCAGACCGGGAGUAUCAAAAGAGAAGAUGAAUCUUGGGGAGGGAAAGGGGACUUAGGCAGGUAGUUGAUGUGCUCAGCGGCAAUCAUCUCUUUUUGCCGCGCCGCGCCUUGUAUUAUAGUUUUUUGUUAUUGCUCAAUACAGUGUAGGGGCGAUUUAAUGGUUCUCAAGCCCGUCUUUUUGGUAAAAUUUUUAGGUGCUUGUAAUAUGGCAGCAGCUUUGUUUUUGUUGUAUUUGAUGAAAACACAGAAAUAAUCUCUGAAAAAUUUAGGAGGGGCGAUUGCCAUUACCUUGCCAUUCUGGAUCUCUUGUCGCCAUCGCUGCUCAUUCUAACUGUCACCUGGCUGUUUGGAUA